AGAUUUAUUAAUGACACCUGGAUGGAUCGCUAUGGCUUUCCACUCCCUCAAGAGACCAUCGUAUUGCUGUGGUCCUCCAUUGUGUCUGUCUAUGGUCUCGGAGGACUGUUGGGGAGCGUUUGCUGUGGGUACCUUACAGCAAAAUACAGGAAGAAAAAAUGUCAAAUGUUAACCAAUGGAAUCAUGCUGACUGCGGCACUGUCCAUGGGUUUCAGCAAGAGGGCCAGAUCCUUUGAAAUGAUCUUCCUUGGGCGCCUCCUCUAUGGAAUUGGCAUUGGGUUUGCUUUUAAUAUACACCCUCAAUAUGUGGGAGAGAUUUCACCAAAGAAGCUGCGUGGAUUUACCAAUGCCACAGUGGCUGUUUUUCUGACACUAGGAAAAGUUGCAGGACAAAUUAUUGGUCUUGGGGAAUUGUUAGGAAAUGAAUCCUCGUGGCCUUUGCUGCUGGCCUUUAGUGCACUCACAGCCGUGGUCCAGCUGGUGAUGCUCCCUUGCUUCCCUGAUUCACCAUCCUACCUUCUAAUACAGAAGGGCAACGAAGAAGCCUUCUUGAAAGCCAUCAAGCAACUCUGGGGUGAAGGAGACCAUCAAGCAGAAAUUGAGGACCUAAAGAAGGAGAAGGCAGCUAUGCCAAGCACCAAGCACUUACGGGUCCUUGAAGUGAUACAGGCACAAUCCCUGCGCUGGCAGCUGUAUGUGAUGAUCACCGUCAUGACCACGUUACAACUCUGUGGCAUCAAUGCAAUCUACUUCUACUCCUUUGAGGUCUUCCGCACUGCAAGGUUUGAAGAAGAACUCAUCCCAUACCUUGCACUGGGGGUCGGGAUCUGCGAGUGCCUCUCAUCUAUCCUGUGUAGCUCCAUCAUAGAGCAUUUCGGACGGAGGCUGCUGCUCUGGGGAGGCUACGCAUCGAUGGUCCUGGUGCUUGCACUGCUCACAGUAACCCUCUCCCUCCAACAUCGCUUCUUUUGGAUGCACUACUGCAGCGUCCUUCUCAUCUUCCUCUUUGUUCUCUUCUAUGGGAUUGGACCUUCUGGAGCCACCAUCUCUGUCAUGGUUGAAAUUUUCAACCAGAACUUCCGCCCAUCAGCCUUUGUCAUUGUGGGCAUUAUCAACUGGAUGGGCCUCUUUCUGCUUGGGAUGAUUUUUCCAUUCACUGUGGAAUAUCUUGGUCCCUUCUGCUUCCUGAUCUUCAUGGGAAUCCUUGCUGCCUCAGGUGUUUUCAUCUAUCUAUUCCUUCCAGAAACAAAGGGGAAAUCCAUUGUGGAAAUUACAAUGGAGUUUAAUAAGUUGAAUUAUGGAAAGACUCACGUUUUUCCUACAGAAAAUAAUUUCCCAAAUGGAACCAGCUUUUGCACCAGGCUUUAA